UCGUGGAACACAAACAUGGAUGAGGACCGGACAAAUGCCAAGGAACAAGCAACAGCAGGAGAAGUUAAGUACAGAGGCGUUCGAAGACGGCCUUGGGGCAAAUUCGCUGCGGAGAUACGCGACUCCGCACGCCAAGGUGCACGUGUAUGGUUAGGGACUUUCAACACGGCGGAGGAAGCAGCAAGAGCGUAUGAUCGAGCAGCUUAUGCAAUGAGAGGCCAAUUAGCCAUUCUUAAUUUUCCUAAUGAGUACCCUCUUGCAAGUGGUGGUUCUGCUAGUUCUUCUACUUCUUUGUCUGCUUCUUCUUCCUCUUCAUCAUCAAUGCGAAACCAAGUUAUCGAGUUGGAGUACCUGGAUGAUAGAUUGCUGGAGGAAAUGCUGGAGCAAGAAGAACAAAAGAGCAAGAAAAAGUGAAGCAGCUAUUCUCGCGUGACGCUAGGAUUCGCCAUCUUUUUAUUUAACUAUAAUAAAUAAUUUUCUCAAGUCUUGAUCAGUUUUAAUGUCUCCCAGCUGAAAUUUUUUAGGAAUUAUUAAAUGUUCAUGAAAUAACACCUUAUCAUGCAAGGUGGUAUAAAAUUAUUGUAUAAUUUAAAAUCACCUACUAAGCUCAUAUCAUCUCCAAAGUUUCAUAAUUUAAUCAUAAUGUUAUUAAUUUGUUUUACCACCUCAAUACGAAGUGAUA